AUGGAGCUUCGAGCGCGUAUCGAGAAGCUGUCGCGGGCGCAGGCGCCGACAGCCGUGCCCGACGCAUCGAGCCCGAUGACGCAGCGUCUUAUCUCUCUCGAGCAUGACCAAGUGAAUCACCACUGGUUGAGAGGCGUGAUGGCCUUCCUUGCCUUUCUGUGCUGCCUUAUCUCCGUCUUCCAGGUGAACGGAUACGCUGGUAACGUUGUGCUGCACGUCCUUAUGUUGGCGCUUUCCUUGGCGGGAGAGGUGUGCAUCGUCUUUAUCUAUCGAAUCAAGACGCGCUUUGCGGGUGUGACGAGCCCAGCAAGUCACUCCGUCAACCCGCUCCACUCUCCGUACCUGUCGCGGAUGCUUUGCGAGAUGCUGGUCUGGAUCAUCAUGGCCCCGCCCGGUGUCAAGAGCACUGCCACCUGGGCUCAGGUGCUAGACAGCUUCACCGUGCUGCGCUCGUAUGUCUACGUGCUCUAUUUCACGCGCCUCUCCACACAGAGCGUCUUCAAGCGCGCCGUGGCGUCGCUGUGUGGAUAUCACUUCAACUCCCUCCACCUGCUCUACUACUACACCUCUAUGCCUCGGCACGCCAUCGUGACUGGGUGCGGGUUUAUGGUGGCGUGGCUCGGCCUGUCUCUGCUGUACAGCAAGAGUGAGGAGGUCAGCUACGCGGAUGGCCUGUAUUUCUGCUUCUCCACCAUGGGCUUCGUGGGGUACAGCGACGUCGUCCCAUCGAUGUGGAUGGGGCGGUUCACUGCCUUCCUCGCCUGGUGCUUAGGGCUGCUCGUCAUUGGCUGGUGCAUCAGCCUGAUUCACGCGCUGAUCCUCGUCAGUCCGGCGGAGCACAACCUACAUACGCUCUUCCGCACCAACAAGCUGUGUGCGCAGGUUCCUGGUGAAGCGGCCCUCACCAUCCAGCGCGCGUGGAAGCUCUAUGUGGCGAAGCGGGAGAAGCGCAACCAGCUCUCCCUUCACUUCAAUGCGCUGCUGCUGAGCAACCAGGCCUGCAGAUUUCGCUCCCUCCGCCGCGAGUUUGUCGAGUGCGAGAUGACGUUCAUUCGCGCCACCUACACCUUUGAUGACUCCCUCACCGCGCUAAGUCGCCUCUCGUCUCUCCGCACAACCCCGGCCGGGACCCCGUGUCUAUCCGGGAGCAUGGCCCCCACCCCCACUGGCGGGACUCCCAAGAGCACCACAGGCCGGCGCUCCUUUUCUCUCUUUAAGGAGGUGAAGUUGAAGUCGCCCCAGGGCUCCUCAUUUCCUCCUAGCGUGAAUGUGGAAGCAGGUCACGCAGACGGUCGCUCACCGUCGCUGGCGUCGCCGUCGUCACUGCCACCGUUGGAGCUGCGCGGCUUUCUCAGUGACCAGCGGCUCAGGCACAGUAGCCCCGCGGCGUCCUCGACGGGCAGCGACAUCGCCACAAGGCUGACCCGCCUGGACGAAACUCUCAGCAUGUUGAUUCGCAAGGCGGAGCGCAUGGCGCCAAGAGUGCUUGCCUCCUCUACCGAGGUAGUGUCAUGA